AAGCACGCGUUGCGGCAUCGCGGUUCGGCGCGCUAGUAGUGCACUGCUGGAAACACCACGACGAGGUAGGUUUGAGAGAGUAAUACGAAGAAAAGAGGGAGAACACGCGAAAGCAAUACGAGAGAGACGAAGAUCGAAUUAGAUUGUGAGCGCGCAGAGGAAGCAGGGAGGGUGGGACACAUCGUGGGUCCUCGGCGCUAGCGUCAGUUAUUCGGUUUACCGCUUCCUUAGCGGGUGUAGUGUGCUUAUAUAUUUUUCGACGAUUGUUACGACGAAUAACAUACGCGAAAAAUUAUAAACGUAUUUGAAGAAAUAUUUUGUAACGUAUAUUCUGUUACAUACAGAAUAAACAGAAUAAAUCUUUGGACAAGAUCUAGUGUCAUAGCGCAUAAUCCCCAUCUUCUUGAUGCCAUUUGGACGCUCGCAUUAUUUGGAUUAAGAUAAUGCAAUAAUGUCUUGGCAAAGGAUCUUCCUCGCUGUAGGACUAUUCGGUGUUCUUCUAUUGCUGACGAAUGCAGACAACAGCGUGCACAUCCUGUCAAAGUACCAAUUGAUCACUUCGACCACCCUGAACUGGCUGCCCCGCACCCAUUAUGAUCGCUUCAAGGAAAUAGUCAUUGGUGGUUUCGAGAUCGAAAACUCGGAAGACGACUCGUUCAACAAUCAAGCAGACAAAUCAGAAAAAAGAGUACCCCUGUACGUAUGCAGGGUAUUGCACACGACUGUCUGGGUGGCUGGUGCCCAAAGGGGUAACGAGCAACGAUGCACCGUGACGAUGCACGGUACCGUGCAGUCGUACGAUAAAUACGACUUGCUCGAGAACGUGAACAAUGCAGCACGCAUCAACUGGGAGUACUUGGACAAAUACAAACCCACCCCGUUGGGAGCUGUAGCCACGGAGAAGAUGUUCGUCGCCCGGCACCUAGCGGAAACCCCCAAGAACACAUCGGCGGUGAGAUAUACCCAUUAUAUCGGCACCUUGGCCACCAACGACAACAUUUUAGAGAGUAUCAGCUACGUGAAAGAUGAUGGUACAGAAGGAAUUGCAAAGAGUGGUGACAUUCUGGUCGAAACGGAACCUAUCUAUUAUAAUCUGACGAUGGUUAAAUUAAGUUGGCCUAAAAAACGAGUGACCAAAAUGUCAAGUAAUCCUUGUAUAUUUGAUAACGCGACGAUCAUCAAUAAUGGACCGGAAGCUGCAAAAAUGGCGAAAGCUUUCACUUACACGUACAAUUAUUCUAUGUACUGGGGUCAAGGUCACGCCAUUCUAAAAGGUCUAAAUACAUUAAUUGUAUUGAUGAAUGGUACGACUUUGCCACAAAUAAUGUGGGGCACAAAGGAAACUAGUACUCGUACUGAUGCAUAUACGGUGGAAAUAAUCCUCGAACCCGGUACAGGAAUAAACGUUACUUUAAAAGGUUAUUGUAUCGAUAUGGAAGUACCCUAUUCUGGAACCUUAAUUUCGCAUUACGAAGAUGGAGAGACCAAAUCUCGUUUGAUAAACGGUAUUCGCAGCGAACAGACAAUAUUUGAUGUAAAACCCGAAUUUGGACCUAUCUAUUUCCUUGGAAAUUACAGUUUAGUUCCUACAACCACCGCAUCACCAACAACGGAACCGAGCACUACUACUACUACCACAAUUUCUCAAAACACGAGAAAAAAUAUUCAUCGUGAUCAUAACAUAGAUGAUAACGAGGAUCACGAUGAGAACAUGAUCAUACCACCGAAAAAAUCGGAUAUAUCUAAUAUGCAAAGCGACGAUGGUGGACCGUUGUCAUUGAAGAAUAAAGUAGAAACGACGCACUCUGGAACAUCUCUAUUUAGAAUAAAUUUAGGGAUGUUUAUAAUUUCGUUAAUAAUUAUCGUCCAUAGAAUUACGUGAAAUAAUUACAACUUUAAAAAUAUUUUAAUUACCUAAGUUACAAUAGUAAUAUAUUCGUAGAGAAAAAAUUGUCCAGAGAUUACAAAAGAAAAUAUACCAAAAAAAAGGAAAAAAAAUAACAUAAAAAAGAAAAAAAUAGAAGAACAAAUCACACCGAAAUAUUGCUGUAAUUUCGUACAUAUAGCGAGUGUGGAUAUGAAAUAAAAAAGCUCCUUCGUUAUAAAUUGCUGAUCAGUCAGAAUGCCGUGUCAGAGCUGACAUAGUGCUUGCCUUUCAAAGAUGAAUAAAAAAUACUUCAUAUUUAAUAUAUAUAUAUACAUAAAAAUAUAUAUAUAUAUAUACAUUUAGGAUAGCGAAAAAUAUCUUAACGAUGAGCUAGUCUCAUGACGAAUGUUAAGUACAAGCGAUCGCAGCCAACAUAUAUAUGGAUAUGUUAACAACUAUAGAUCGUUAACAUUUACCUCUAUAUUGUUGAAUUAACUGAUGAAUGUAAACUAAUGACAUUCCGUCUUUAAACUAAUCUUGCUGUGAAUCGAUUUUCCAGUUAAACUAUUUUAUGCCUUCGCAAAGUGUACAUUCUAGAAUCUUUUCUGGGAAAAAUUUUGAAGAAAAGCUUUGAAUGGAAAAAAGAAUAAGAAAGAAAAGAAUGAUAUCCUUUUUUGAGAAAGACGUGUUCAAAAAGAAUUUAGAAUUACCACAGGUAUUAUUUCAGACAACUAUAUAUGUAUAUAAGAAUGUGAAUAGCUUUUAAAGAAAGCUUUUAAUGAUGAGUAAACGAAUGGAAAUUGAAGAAUAAUAAAAGAGAAUAAGAAUGUGAAGAGAUAAAGAUUCGCGAAUUAAUGCAGUUAUAUAUUUUUGAGAGUGCAGUAUAAUUUUAGAAAAUUGUAAGAUUUAUAAAGGUGUAGCAAAUAAGAAUAUGUAGACUUCAGGUGGAUGGGUACGUGGUAUUUUUCCAACGCUAUUUUAGUAUUAUUUAAUCGACUGAUGUAAAGCUUUGAAAGAUCCUUAGAUAAAACAAAUAAAAAAAAAAUAAUAGGAUUUGCUACGUAAUAAUAAUAAUAAUAAAUAAUAAUAAUAACAAUAAUAAUAAAGUGCACACUAUUUGAGAAUGAAUAAUAAUAUGUAAAUUUUCAAAUAAUAUUAAAGAAUUAAAAAAAAGCUAUUAAUAUUUCUAUAAUUAUUUGAAAUGAUUUGUUUUGAAUACAGUAAAAAUAAUACAAUAUUUUGUGUACCCAUCUGUCUCAUGUAAAGUGAUAGGGCUUGCAGAUUCCUAAAAAAUAAUUAUUAAUGGAAAUUGUAAUGACAAACGAAUGCAGUAUUUUAAUUUGUAUAGAUAUGUUAAUAACUUGUAAAGUAUAUUUGUUUGAUAAGAAAACGAGAAAUACGAACUUAUUUAAAAACUACAUUUAAUAGAACUUGGUUUUGCGUUGGAAGUUUCGAAAAUAAAAUAGUAUUUAUCAUACAUUCGUUACGUAUUCUCGAUAUUUUCUUAGUACAUUUAUAUGUAUAUAACGUAAUUUCUAUAUUUCUUCUUAUUAGGAAACUGUUACGAAUUUAUUUAAUCAUUUAUAAUUAAGAACGGUAAAUAACAUUGUAUGAAUUAUUCAUAUUUUAUUACAUUAUAUGCACCAAUGAAAAAAAAUAUGCAAAAAUUAUCAUAAAUCAUUUAAUUUGAAUAAAAACAAAAUGUCUAUAAUUUUUUAAUAUAUAUAUAAAGUAAGCCUAAUCACAAUAUUGUGAUAUAUUCAGUAAAAAAUUUAUGUAGAUUUAUGUAGAUGUAAAAAGAUAUAACAUAUUCUGUUAAAUAAUUUGUUAAUUAUAAUAGAAAGCAAUAAUUUGUUGCAAGAUUGGAUCAUGUAAAUUUUAGAAUGUUAUGUGUUUAAAUGAAACAGAAGAAAAAAAUAGAUAGAAGAUAAAGUAAAAUAAUGAUAUUUAAUACUCAACAAUAUUUUCUCAUUGUGAAUAAAAUGAUACAUUGGAUGUGGCUCAAAGUAAAUCAAUAAUAUAGUAUCAAGAUAAAAUUAAUUUUAUCUUGAAAAGAAAGAAACAAAAGAUAAUAGGAUAUCUGUGUAUUUGGAAAAAGAAUUAUCGCUUAUUUUUUUGUUGCUUCUUCAUAUUUCUGUAUGCCUUUGAGAAAAUGUUAAUAAAAAUUCUAACAUAAAAAAA